AUGUCCACGAAAACACGUCCAGGAAUCCCUGCAGCCAAGGAUGCAGAGGAGCAAGUUGACAGCGCAAGCGAAGUGUACGAUGAGGAGGGGGAGGAAGAGGGUUCUGAAGAAGAGCAAGAAACCGGGCCGGUUGAACAGUUGCCACCUCAGGCUGAAGAGGGCGUAGAGGAGGAAGAUGAAGACGAGGAUGAAGAGGUGUUGAGUGAUGAUGAGGAUGAGAGCCUCGACGACGGCGAUGUCGCCUCUGUAGAGGAGGAGGAGCCGCAACAGCUUGGGCAGAAACGAGCUCGCCAGCAGCAGCAGGGAGAAGGAGAAGCAGACAAUCUUGAACAGGAAGAGUCAGAAGAAGGCACUGACCCGGAUGAUGAAGUGGAGGAGGUUGACCCGGAUGAGGACGAGGAGGUAGAGGACGAUGUCGAGGCUCAGGGCACUGAAGAUGUCGACGAUGAUGAAUUAGAGAACGCUGAGGAUGAGGAGGCGGAAGAGGGGGAGCCGGAUCCGAAAAGAGCUCGCGUUUGA